CCUUUGGGCAGCCCGAUGCUCACUGUGGGGGCGACAGGCGGGGUGACAAACUGUGACAAGCAAUGUGACAGGCGAUGUGGCAGGCGAUGUGGCGACCCCGGGGCCAUCCCCGCCCGGGCCCCUCCUUCACCCCUCGGGGUCCACCCGCGCCCCGCCGCCAUCUCCCGGCGGAGCCGCCCCGCUGCGGGCGGUCCCCGCCACCCCACCCGGCCGCCGCCUCCUCCCCGCCGGGCCCCCCGCGGGGCUCCCCCGCCCCUGGCCGGGCCAAACCCCUCCCCUGGCUGCAGCAAGUGGCCGCGGGAGAAGGGCGGCGGCGGCGCCAUCACGGGAAGGCUCCCGCUCGCCUCCCCGUUCCCCUUUCCUUGCCGUCCCGACCCCGCCGCCGCCAUGCCCAGCAGCGAGGCGGUGCCGCUGGGGCUGGGCGCCUGCCGCAGGUCGGGGGCUCUGGCCGGGAUGCUGGCGCUGGUGGCGCGGCUGCUGGAGUGGCUGCGCUCGCUGUUCUGGAAGGAGGAGAUGGAGCUCACCCUGGUGGGGCUGCAGUACUCGGGCAAGACCACGCUGCUCACCGUGCUGGCGUCAGGGCAGUUCACAGAAGAUAUGAUUCCUACAGUAGGAUUCAAUAUGAGGAAAAUAACAAAAGGAAACGUUACCAUAAAGGUAUGGGACAUUGGAGGGCAACCAAGGUUUCGAAGCAUGUGGGAACGCUAUUGCAGAGGAGUCAAUGCGGUGGUUUACAUGGUGGAUGCAGCAGACUUAGAAAAAGUAGAAGCUUCAAAGAAUGAGCUACACAGUUUGAUAGAUAAGCCACAAUUGCAUGGAAUUCCAGUGUUAGUCCUUGGAAAUAAAAGAGACCUCCCAGGUGCACUGGAUGAAAAGCAGUUAAUUGAGAAAUUAAACCUUUCAGCUAUUCAAGACAGAGAAAUCUGUUGCUAUUCUAUUUCCUGUAAAGAGAAGGAUAACAUCGACAUAACAUUGCAAUGGCUUAUUCAGCACUCCAAAUCAAGGCACUGUUGAAGAAAACUUGCUGAAGAUAACUCUUCUUUCCCAAUCACUUUGACUCCUAUCAGCUAUAUACAAAUGAAAAGAUGAAGAAUGCAACUACAUACUACCAGGACUCACUUUGAUCAUAUUUGUUAACAGAAAUAAAACUGAAUUAUAGCUUGCCUCUCCAUUUGGGUUCCUUUUUUUUUUUUUUUUUCUUUUUUUAAUUCCAGAUAUUUGUCUGCCUAGAUGAAAUUCCUGAACGCCUUAAGACAAGACUGAAAGAAAUCAGUACUUUUUUGGGCUGUAACGUUUGAGUUUAUGCAUGUGAAUUAUCAAAUACUUAGUAUUUUUUUCUAAUUUGAAACUGAAUAAACUGCACAGUGGAAACAGG